UUGAUAAGUUGGCGAACGUAGACAUGCUUUUCCGUACAGAGGUCCUACUUACCUAGGUACUUACAGUACUGGAGAAGCUUCCAGGCAUGCUGAGAUCCGAAUGGUACGACUUGAUCGGUAUUUGUAUUAUUCGAUUAUGACAGGUUCUACAGCAGGGGACCAAGAUUUCAAAUCCACCGAAUACGGGAAUUUAGAAGGAGUGUAUAAAAUUUACCUCGCCAUGAAUGCAAUACUGUACUUGAACACAUAAUAUUAAUCGACAACCUGAUCUCCCCUCCCCGCCCAGGCCACGCAAUCCCCAGUGUGGGUGGGCAUGGGCAUGGGCAUGGCAAGCUCGUGGCGUUGAUCGUUCGGCUCAAGAUUCCAGACAUGUGCUACAAAGUACUCCUACUGUGACACAUACUACCGUGGCGGGGGCGGGGGCUGAACCGAAUCCCUUCGCCGAAAGGAACAAGGAACUACUCGAAGUCAGUGCUCAGCCACCGCCCAAGGACGAACGAGCCAUGGAUCCAAGACUUAGAUACUUUGGCUUACUCCUCACUUCCUGACAUCCACUCUACUUUUGCUCUUCUCCCUCUCUCGUCUUUUCUUCUUGUCCUGAAUACCUAUAUACUUAUUUCGUUCGCAUCGAGGUGAUUAUCGCGGGAGUAGAAGGAAGGAUACUGCAGAUUGAUUGAGAGAGUUUGUCUAUCAGAUUGAUUUGGUACGGACGGCAUUGCGCAGCUCCACGCCACUCACUGCACGAACCCGAGAUUCACUUCCUCCAACAAUAAUGGCACCAACAGCCUCAAAGAGCCUCCUGGGCAGAGAUUAUCGCUGUGAUUCCUCCGGAUAUUGCUACGACUACUACUCUACCUGGGACAACUGGGGCCGCUGGGUCGCACUCGUCCUCAUAGUCCUCUUCUUCCUAUUCCUCGGCCUCGCAUUCUCAUGCAUCAGACAACGCCGCCGCCGCCGCCGUGGCCUCGCACCCAUGUACGGCACUGGCUGGAUGGGGGGCGGGAAACACAACAACAACAACAACCAAGCCCACGGACAAUACGGCGCCUGGGCGAACAACCAACAGCAUGCUGGAGGGUAUCAGGCGCCUCCGCCGCCGUAUAUGGGGAACCAGGCGACGGGGACGACGUUCCAGAGUAAUGAUGGGUAUUAUGGACACGGGAAUAGUCAGGGAUAUGGUCAACCUGGGGGAAUUGAGUUGCAGCAGCCGGGGGCGAGUUAUCAGCCUGCUAGGGGGGUGGGUGUGGGGGGGCAGAAUGUGUAUGAGGCGCCGAUGGGGCCGCCGCCUGGGAAGGGGGAUGGGGUUAUUCGUUAG